AAUGGGGUAGAAAAGCUAGUAAUAGCAAAGAGGCUUACAGAUGGAGAGGUAGAACUCCUGGACAUACUUUAACUUCUGGUCUGGAUGAUUAUCCAAGACCAACACCACCACAUCCUGCAGAAUUACAUGUCGAUUUAAUGUGUUGGGUAGGAUUUAUGGCAAGAUCACUUAGAAAUAUUGCCGAAAGGCUAGGUGAAGAAGAUGAUGUUGAGGAUUUUGGCAAACAUUAUAAAGAUAUCAUUAAUAAUUUACAUGAUUUGCAUUGGAGUGAGAAGGAUCAAGCAUUUUGUGAUGUUUCAAUUGACGAAGAUAAUGAAUCAGUUCAUGUUUGUCACAAAGGCUAUUUGUCAUUAUUUCCAAUGUUACAUGAAUUUUUACCAAAUGAUUCACCAAAGCUUGGUGCUAUUUUGGAAUUAAUACAUAAUCCUGAGGAGUUAUGGUCACCAUAUGGAUUAAGAUCACUUUCAAUAUCUGAUAAAUAUUUUAAUACAGAAGAAAAUUAUUGGAGAGGACCUAAUUAUGCAGUAAAACCAGGGCCAUAUCAAGAAAAAGCAAAAAAAAUAUAUAAAGAGUUGAGAGAUAAUAUAAUUAAUAAUGUUUAUAAUGAGUUCAAUAGAACUGGGUAUUCAUGGGAACAAUAUUCUGCUAUUAAUGGGGAGGGAGUAAGAAG